AUGAGGAAACUCAUUUGCUUGGAAAAACAUGAAAAUGAGCAUGAGAAUAAGAUAAAAAAUGAGAAAGGUAAAUACAAGGAGGUAGAAAAGAAGUAUAUUGCUCUAAAGGCUUCAAGUUCAAAGUUCUCAACCAAUGAGCAAAGUGAUUGUGAAACUAGAGAUGACAAGAAUUUUGAUGAUGAAGAUAUGGGGUUGUUCGUCAAAAGGUACAAUAGAUGCAUAUGGAAAAAUGGAGUCAAGUACUCCGACAAGAACAUAAUCAACUUUAGAAGGCUCUCGAACUCCUCAAAGGAAGAUGAGAAUAAGAAGGGUAAACUUAGAAGUUCAUGCUACAAUUGUGGAAAAGUCAGUCAUUAUAGACCGGAUUGUCCUAUGAUCAAGAAAGACAAAGAGAAAGGUCAUCACAAGAAAUAUAGCAAGUCUAGAAGAGUCUAUGUUGCUUGGGAGAGUGAAAGUGAUUCUUCAAGUGAUGAAAGUUCAAUUUCAAGUGUCGAAUCGACCAAGCUUUGCUUCAUGACCAACAAAAAGAAGAAGAAGAAGAAGAAGAAGAAUGCAAGUCAUUCUAAGAUUUAA